UCAUUCAGUUACUUUUUUUUCAGAUGAAAUAAUAAUAUCAGUGAUGGAGAGCAUUCUAGCUGUGAAAAAAGAAGAAGAUAAAUUAAAGAGUAAAUAUGCUAGUUAUAGAUCGUCCAGUACACAAAAUCUGGAUGAUUUAAUUGAAGAAAUUAAUCUGUUCAAACAAAGUCUAAAUGAAGUCACAGAAAGUGAUUCGUAUUUGACUCCUUUGCAAACCCAUUUACUUGCUGCUACUGCGAAAAAAGUAAAAGAUGUCACCAAAAAAGUUUCAUUAGAACAUAAAGAAUUACAUGUUUAUGUGUCAAAGAUAGGAAAAGUAAUUGAUCGAAAUUUUUCAUCUGACUUUUCUGGUUUAACACAAGGAGAAAUAUUCAAUGAUGAAUCUAGAAAACUCUUAAAUGAAGCUAUUGCAGAACAUCUCUUGCGUCAAGGAAGAGUAGAUAUUGCUGAGAAUUUUAUAAAAGAAUCUGGUUUGGUUAUAGAAGCUCAUCAUAAAGACUCAUUUACCAACCUAAAUUACAUGUUGAAUGAAAUUAAAGACAAAAGGCUUGAUUCUGCACUGCUGUGGGCUUGUCAGCACCAUGAUGAAUUGAUUUUAAAGAAGAGUUGUUUGGAGUUUAAACUGCACAAACUCACAUUCUUAGGUUUAUUAGAACGCCAGCGUCAUAAAGAAGCCUUAGAUUAUUCAAAGAUUUUUGCUUCUUUCUCAGAGCAUGCAGAUGAAAUUAAACGAUUGAUGGGUUGUUUUGCUUUUUUAAACCGUGGCAUAGAAAACUCUCCCUAUGCUGAUUUGUUUGAUUCUGCUUCAUUAGUUGAUGUAAGUGAUCAUCUUGCAAAAGAUGUGUGUUCUUUACUUGGUCUUUCCAACCAGAGUCCUUUAGAAGUUAGUUUAACAGCUGGAUGUAUUGCCCUUCCAACUCUUUUACAAAUAAGACAAGUUAUGCAACAAAGACAGGUAGAGGGAAUAUGGAGCACAAAAGAAGAACUUCCGGUUGAAAUUAAUCUGGGUCGUGAACUUCAGUUUCAUUCAGUAUUUGCAUGCCCUAUACUUCGACAACAAUGUGGUCAAAGUAAUCCUCCUAUGAGAUUAGUCUGUGGACAUGUGAUAUCUAAAGAUGCAACGCAGCGUUUGACUCAUGGCAAUAAGUUGAAAUGUCCAUAUUGCCCUGUUGAAAUGGAUCCACGUGAGGCUAAAAAAAUUUAUUUUUAAGAAACGAUAAAAAUGCACGAGUAUUGCGUCAAUGAAAUAGUCACUUGAGAUCUCUGGUUGUUAGUAACUUCUGGUAUUGAAGUCAAUUAAACGUUGAGAUAUUUAUGUGUUUUACGGUACCUCUUUUGACGUAAUAAUAAAGUGCGCUAUGUUAUUUUCGUUUCUUCAUAUAGGUUUGACUUAAACUUAAUGGUAUCGCAUUCAACAAAGUACAAAUUAGUGAGAUUAAAUGUAACGUGGAGUAGUUGAUAAAAAAAUCAUAAAUACUACUACGGAAAUUUUGAAAAACAUUAAAAGAAAUGAUUAUAAAAAAAAGUGAAAUAAUUUAGUACAAAAAUUAAUUUAUUACUAUGACAAUAUUUCUAGUAUUUGAACAUGGAUGAUGUUAAACAUUUGUGUAUAAUUUCUUUCACAUUAGUGAAAAUAGAAUUCUUUUUUUGAA